AUGGCCAACUACCUCGCCUCCAUCUUCGGUACUGAAGCCGAUAAGGUCAAUUGCUCCUUUUACUACAAAAUCGGCGCCUGUCGCCACGGCGACCGCUGUUCCCGCAAGCACGUCAAGCCCUCCUACUCGCAGACCAUCCUCCUCCCCAACCUCUACCAGAAUCCCGCCUACGACCCGAAAAAUAAGAUGAAUGCGUCGCAGUUGCAAAACCAUUUUGAUGCUUUCUACGAGGAUUUCUGGUGCGAGAUGUGCAAGUUUGGCGAGAUUGAAGAGGUCGUCGUGUGUGAUAAUAAUAAUGAUCAUCUCAUCGGAAACGUGUACGCGCGCUUCAAAUACGAAGAUUCUGCGCAAAAAGCCUGCGACGCAUUAAAUUCCCGCUGGUAUGCCGCUCGGCCAAUCUACUGCGAGCUCUCCCCCGUCACCGAUUUCCGCGAAGCAUGCUGUCGGCUCAACAGCGGCGAAGGAUGCGUGCGUGGCGGAUUUUGCAAUUUCAUCCAUCGCAAGAACCCGAGCGAUGAGUUAGAUCGCGAGUUGGAGUUGAGUACGAAGAAGUGGUUGAGGAUGAGGGGCAGAGAUGAGAGGAGCGUAACGAGAAGUCCUAGUCCCGAGCCCACGAGGAAGAGAUAUGCGUGA